CUGAAAAAAUGACAAAUUUGGAUAUUACUUGUGAUAUAUUUGUUUCGGAUUUGUCAAAAGCUUUGAAGGAAGUUGCUGGUGGUAGAGAUGUAAAUGUUGAUACUACUCUUCUACCUGUGGACAGUGUCUUGAAAAAGAUGUUAGACCGAACCAAUGGAACAAAAACCAAACCACCUGAUGUGAGAAGUAAGAAAACAAGAACAAGAAAAGAACAUGUUCCUUUUUACAAUUUAAAUGACCAGCUCACUCCCUUUGCUGAUAUUGUUAAACUUUAUAAUCUGGGUAAAAAUACUUUACUUUCGGAUGAUCCUUCUGAUUGGAGACUUGAAUGUACAUCAGUGGAUGAAGAGGGAUACAGGGAAUAUGAUGCUGAAAUUGAUCAAAAUGAUGAUGCUUUCGAUAAAAGAAUAAGUGAAAUUUUGAAAAUGGAAAAUUCAGAACGAAUCAGAGCAUUAAAAGCUCCCUUUUUGAAGAGUGCAAUACAACUGAUGCGGAAUUCUGUAACAAAUAGGAUUUUCUUCAUUGACUCAGUAAAAAAGUAUUCUAUCGAAAAUCCAGUAACCAUGCUCUCAUUAGGUGACACAAAAGAUGAUGGAAUCAUAUCUUCUUUCGCCCAAAUGUCUUUGCAUGAUGACCCAUCAGAAAAUAUUCAACAGUCUUUUCAUGAGAUGGAAGAAUUAGAAUCAGACGAUUUAAAUCAUGAUCUAGUGGAUGAUAACAAUUUUGCUGAGCAGUCAUUUAUAGAUGAAAAUACUCUACAAAACUUGAUGGUCGAGCCACCCGUUUUGGUUAAACCCUCGUUUAUAAAAUUUGAAAAGAAGCAGACCAAUGUUGAUACUGAUCUUGUGAAGAAGGAAAUGUUUCACAUUAUAUCAUCAAGCUUCGAGAAACAUACUGGUGACUCAAACUCUGGUGCUUAUUUUUCUGAAGUUUAUACAGAACUCAAGAAAAAGCAAUUCAAAAUGUCUAUGCAAUAUGCAUUUGUCAUUUUGUUGCUUCUCUCUAAUGAAAAAUGUUUAUCAUUGGAAUCCAUGAAAGAUAGUUCAGAUAUUUUAAUCUUGCAGGACAUUAAUGAAGUAGAGUAAAAGUAUGCUUAGUCAAGAGUUUGAAACAUUAAGCAUAUGUAUAUUAUUCAUUUGGUUAUGCUCAAUUUUGAUUUCAAACUGAAACUUCGUGGCCAUUUUAUGUACUUUAUGUUAUAUUUUUUUGACCGGUGUUUGCUACACUAAGCUCUUUAUUAUUAUUUUGUUUUAAUUUUUAAGUGAAAUUUAACUACUGAUUUUACUAUUUCAUUUUUACUGAUAUUCAUUUUAUUUUUAAUAACCUACUUGAGUAAUGCUUUAAAUUUUAA